AAUGCUAGCAAAGGAGCAUGACCGGUCAUCGUCGCGAGGCUCCUCUCUGACCAUGUCCCCUUCGGAUUUCCUGGACAAACUAAUGGGCAAAACGUCAGGCUACGACGCAAGGAUAAGACCCAACUUCAAAGGUCCCCCUGUAAACGUCACCUGCAACAUAUUUAUCAACAGCUUUGGUUCUAUAGCUGAAACUACUAUGGACUACAGAGUGAACAUCUUCCUGAGGCAGAAGUGGAACGACCCCCGGCUCGCCUACAGCGAAUACCCAGACCCUUCGCUCGACCUGGACCCAUCCAUGCUGGACUCCAUCUGGAAGCCUGACCUGUUCUUUGCCAACGAGAAAGGCGCCAACUUCCACGACGUCACCACAGAUAACAAGCUCCUGAGGAUCUCCAAGGAUGGAACGGUUCUCUACAGCAUCAGGCUGACCUUAAUCCUGUCCUGUCCAAUGGAUCUGAAGAACUUCCCGAUGGACGUUCAGACCUGUACUAUGCAGCUGGAGAGUUUCGGCUACACCAUGAACGACCUGAUUUUCGAGUGGCUGGACGAGGGGCCUGUGCAGGUAGCGGAGGGCCUGACCCUUCCUCAGUUCAUCAUGAGGGAGGAGAAGGAGCUGGGCUACUGCACCAAACACUACAACACAGGUAAGUUUACCUGCAUUGAGGUGAAGUUCAAGCUGGAGAGGCAGAUGGGUUACUACCUGAUCCAGAUGUACAUCCCCAGCCUGCUCAUCGUCAUCCUCUCCUGGGUCUCCUUCUGGAUUAACAUGGACGCCGCUCCUGCCCGCGUUGCCCUGGGCAUCACCACCGUCCUCACCAUGACCACACAAAGCUCCGGCUCCAGAGCAUCACUGCCCAAGGUUUCCUAUGUGAAGGCCAUCGACAUCUGGAUGGCGGUGUGUCUGCUGUUCGUCUUCGCCGCUUUGCUGGAAUACGCGGGAGUGAACUUUGUAUCCAGGCAACAGAAAGAGUUCCUCCGGCUGAAACGAAGGCAAAAGCGAAAUCUCAAGGAGGAGGAGCUGAGGGAGGGACGUUUCCAUUUCUCCGGCUACAGCAUGGCUCCGUGCAUGAAAGAUGGCGCGGCGGUGAAAAGCGCCACGGCUAACGCCGUCCAGCAGCCGUCCAUCCUGAGGGACGCCGAGCACAACAGGAAGAAGUUCGUGGACAGAGCGAAGAGAAUCGACACCAUCUCCCGAGCGGCCUUCCCUCUGGCCUUCCUCAUCUUCAACAUCUUCUACUGGAUCACUUACAAAAUAAUCCGACACGGGACCGCCGCCAAAGUGUAGCGGCCGCGCAUGCUUCGGAACCGGCGAUCCUCCGUCGCUUC